UCUACUUUAGCAACCAUGCCGUCCAAGGGUCCGCUGCAGUCCGUGCAAGUCUUCGGUCGCAAGAAGACGGCCACAGCUGUGGCACACUGCAAACGGGGCAAUGGUCUCAUCAAAGUGAACGGACGUCCCCUGGAGAUGAUCGAGCCGCGAACGCUGCAGUACAAGUUACUGGAGCCUGUUCUCCUUCUGGGGAAGGAGCGGUUUGCUGGUGUUGACAUCCGUGUCCGUGUGAAGGGUGGUGGUCAUGUGGCCCAGAUUUACGCUAUUCGCCAGUCCAUCUCUAAAGCCCUAGUAGCCUAUUACCAGAAAUAUGUUGAUGAGGCUUCCAAGAAGGAGAUCAAAGAUAUUCUCAUCCAGUACGAUCGGACCCUGCUCGUGGCUGAUCCCCGUCGCUGCGAAUCCAAAAAGUUUGGAGGCCCUGGUGCCCGUGCUCGUUACCAAAAAUCCUACCGAUAAGCUCAUCAUAAGAAUUGGCAUUGACCUUUGUAAUAAACACGGAAUUUUAACGUUGCAAGGACUGUUCCACCGUCUCUGGU